ACGUUGGGCAAAUAAUUAUAAUUGUUAAGGUUUAUUGGUAUUGUUAUUCAAAUAAAUUAUAAAAUUAGUUUGACAAUACAAAUUAUCUAACAAUGGCCCUUAGCCAAUCAAGUGUGGUGAGUAACGGAAUAAUAACUCAAAAUAAAUACAAAAUAUUUAAUGUCGAAAAAGAAAAAAAAAGAAAAGUUAUAUCAAUUCGAGUAUGGCCUUAUCGAGGAGCAAUACAUACAUAAUUUACCUAUACAUGUGUGUAACACCGAUGUAAAUGACAAAUGCUAAGAUGAAACUUUACAAAACAGUAAUUGAAGAUGUAAUUACUGGUGUACGUGAAUCAUUUUUAGAUGAGGGUGUUGAUGAACAAGUGCUUAUGGAAUUAAAACAAAUAUGGGAAACAAAAUUAGAUGCAAGUAAAGCUGUUGAAACAAAUCCAGAACCAAUUGAACCACAACCACCACUAUUACCAUCACAAAAAAGUUCAUUAAGUAAAAAUAGUGGACAUUAUUCACAAGGAUCAUCUAGUGCUGGUAGUUCAAAAUCACAAGCUCAACAACAACAACAACAGCAACAACAACAGCAGCAACAACAACAGCAACAGCAAAAACAACAUCAACAACAACAACAACAGCUGCAGCAGUUGCAGCAACAACAAAAACAACUACAACAACAGCAGCAACAAGUUGUGAAUCAACAAAUUCAACCACAACCAGCACCAGUACGUCCACCAGUUCUUCAACCUGUACAACAACCAAUUCAACAACAUGUUAAUAUGCCAAUUCAACCAGCACCAGUUCAAAAUAGAGUUAAUUUAAUUGAAAGACAAGUACCAAUUCAAAUAACACUUCCUGGAACUUCAGCAACUGAUGGUAAACCAAAAGUUUUAACAAUUCAAGUACCAGCUUCAGCAAUACAAGGUAAUCAACUUCCAACAAUAUUAACUGGUCAAGUUAUCACAGAAGCAAUGGGCUAUCCACCAGAUAUUGCUUCACGAAUGCUUCAACAGCAUGUAGAUAGAAUGCUUCAGGGUCAAGCAGCGAUAGCUCCAAUUGCAAUUAAUCAACCGCUUCAAGUUAUUCGUCAAGAUCAAAGUAAUAUUGCUCAAAUGGAUGGUCAACUUGGUGAAACGUCUGACGAUGAUGACGACGAUGAUGAAGAUGAUAACGAAGAUGAUGAUGAUUUAGAUGAUGAUAAAGAGGAAGAAGAAAAUGACGAUGCUGGUGCACGUGAAGAGGAACCACUUAAUUCUGAGGAUGAUGUUACCGAUGAUGAUCCAGGUGAUCUUUUUGAUACGGAAAAUGUUGUUGUUUGUCAGUAUGACAAGAUUACAAGGAGUAGAAAUAAAUGGAAAUUUUAUCUUAAAGAUGGUAUAAUGAAUCUUGAAGGUAGAGACUAUGUUUUUCAAAAAGCUAAUGGUGAUGCUGAGUGGUAAAAAAUUCAUACAAAUAACACAACCUAUUAUUACCGCGAUAUUUUUUUUUUUUUAUAUAUUGUCACUGAUAACUGAUGAUGCAUAUCAGGGUGUCAUGAAAAAUCUUAAAAAUAAAUAGAAAAAUAUGUAAAAAAAAAAAAAAAAACGAAAAAUAAUAAUACAAAUUAUUUUCAUCAUUGAAAAUUAGCAAAUAUAUUUGAAGAAAAGCAAAAUGAAAAAAAAAAAGAAUGUUAUUUUCUAAAAAAAUAAAAAAAGGCAAAGAAAAAAAAAUUAGUUAAAUUUUAUAAAAGAAAAAAAAAAAAAAAAAAAAGCUAAUCAAGUAUAGUUAAUUUGUUGUUAAUUUAAUUAUUAUUUAAUUAGGACUUUACUUGGUUUGUCAAUUAAUUAAUUAGUUUUCAUGUAAGGCCAAAGCAGGAUUAAAAAAAAAAAAAUGCAAGGUGUAAUUUUAUAAACUAAUGAGCAUUUCAGUCACUAUUUAAAUUGACUUAUUAUUUUAUUUCUCUAAGAAAAAUAUGAAGAUGAAUAUAUCAUCUCUGUAAUUUUUAAAAUUUUCUGUAUUUAAUAAUUCAGUAAAUUAUUUAAUCUAUGUGUGAUUGCAGGGAAAAGAAAACCUCACAAAAAAAAACAUUUUGUUUUCAUAAAAAAACUAGUAAAAAAAGCUAAAAGUCUUUAUAAAUUUUUUACAUAAAUUUUGUGAGGAGUAUCAAUCUUCCAAUUAUGUGUCCAAUUAAAUUUCAUUAUACGAAAAAAAAAAAUUAUUCUCGUCUGCCAAAUGUCUAAACUAAGUGGCAGGUCAAUGUGCCUAACGUGCAUCGAAAUAACUGUAAAUAUAAAUUCUUUUAAUAGCAAAAAAAACUAAAGCAUAAUGAAUAAUUUGAAAAACCAAAAAACAAUAAUAUAUGAAUAAUUUUUUUUUUUUUUUUGUAAAUCAAUUAGCAUGUGCAUGAGCUUGAGAAAAAAAAAACAAAAGAAUAAAUAUGUCGUGUAUUAUUAAAUGAUAUUUCCGACAAUAAUAUUAUAAAAUUAAAUUGAAAAAAAAAAAAACAAAGAUUUGUACUUAAUCAUGUCGAUGUACAAUCGAAAAAUAAAAAAAAUUCAAUGUCCUCCAUGGAAUUUUGUUGAAUGAUAAAUCAUUAAACUUGUGGGCCAUGUAUUGCAUAUUUAAUACAUGUACAUAUACAUAUUUGCACAUUAACGAAAAAAAAAACUAAUAAUAGUUGAAAAAAAAAAUAUUUAAAUAAAUGGUGGUUGUCACGUAAAUACAUAAGUGUUUGUUGAUUUAAAAAAAAAAAAAAAAAAAAAAAACUGUUGAUAAUUAUUUUAAGAUGUUAAUGCAAGUGUACUAUUUAAGAGCACUUGCACCAGAUAUUAUUUCAAUAAGUUCACCAGUAAUAACAGCUUGUCUUGUACGAUUAUAUUCAAGUGAAAGAUUUUUAAUCAUAUCUGAUGCAUUUUUAGUUGCAUUUUCCAUUGAUGUCAUACGUGCUGCAUAUUCACUUGUUGAUGAUUCUUUAAUUAUCCAAUAAAUCAUUGUUGUAAUUGAAAAUUCAAGCCAACAAUCAAUAGUAUCAUCAUUAAUACCAUCAUAUAAUGGAAAUUUUGGUGCUGAAUUAAUUUGUUUUUUAUCAUAUAAAUCAAGAUAAUCAACUUUAUAUGUAGCAGCAUUAAUAAAUCUACAAUAAAUAUCCAGCAAAUAUUUAAAUAAACAAAUCAAAACAAAUGAAUUAUUAUGAAAAAAAAAAAUAAUAAAAAAAAUUCAAAUAAUUAAUAUAUAAUUUAAAUUAUUAAUAACUAACUUGUUGUAAUAAAUUCUUGUUCUUGAAAAUUCAAAAAUAUUCAUAAUUUUCAUAAUUUCUUGAGCAAUAUUACCAGCAUCAAUAAAUGUUAAUGAUUUUUUUCCAACUUCAGAUGCAACUAAUAUAAUUUUAUCUGAAUAUAAUCUUGAUAAUAUUGUAUAAUUUUUUUGACCAAUACAAAUUAAUUUUGUUAAAUUUUUUUGUUCAUUAUUUAAUUUAUCAAUUGUUCUAUUAAUAACACGUGAUAAACCAGAAUUUAUUGCACCACAUAAACCACGAUCACUUGUUAUUGCAACAAAUAAUUGUGAAUUUGGUGAUUUAUUUGGUUGUAAUUCAGUAUAAUCAAAUAAUAAUUUUGGACAAACACCAAAUUUACGUGCUUGUAUUAAUUCUUUUUGUGAACGUGAAUAUUUUGCUGAUGAUACUAAUUUCAUUGUUUGUGAUAUUUUUUUAGUAUUACCAACUGAUUUAAUACGAGAUUUAAUUACUUUUAAUGAUGACAUUAUUUAGGCUCAAUUAAUUAAGAUGUAACUAACCAAAAAAAAACAUGAUGUACGAAGAUGAAACAACGAUAUUCAUUUCUUUUUUUCAACUUUUGUUCAUUGAAUUUUUAUUUAAUUUAAAAAUUCGAAUAUAGCUUUAAUUAAAGUAAAUCUUCAAAAAUAAAAAAAUAAAACAAGCUUAUAAAUAAAUAAUUAACAAGUAGAUAAUUUGUUGAAUUGAAAUUAUUAUUUUUCAUCAUUUUUUAUUUUCUAAUUGUUAUUAUAAUUUACGAACUUGGAACAAAUAUUAAUAAAAGCUCACGUGUACAUGUUAUGACCGACUAAACAACUGUUUAAUUAUUUUUCCAAGUAUGAUGUUUUAUGAUGUUUUUUUUUUUUUUAUUCCAAAG